UCUCGCGAUAUGAGACGGGCUGAGGAGGGGGGUGGCACCUCCUCCUCCCUCCUCUUCGCGUUAGUUCCGGUCGCAGAGGAGCCACCGCCGCAGUUACCGCCACCUCGGGGAUUUCUGGCUCUUUUCUCUCCGCCUUAAAUUCGGGUGUCUUUUAUGAAUAAUCAAAAGCAGCAAAAGCCAACGCUAUCAGGCCAGCGUUUUAAAACUAGAAAAAGAGAUGAAAAAGAGAGGUUUGACCCUACUCAGUUUCAGGACUGUAUUAUUCAAGGUUUAACUGAAACUGGCACUGAUUUGGAAGCAGUAGCAAAAUUUCUUGAUGCUUCUGGGGCAAAACUUGAUUAUCGCCGAUAUGCAGAAACACUCUUUGACAUUCUGGUGGCUGGUGGCAUGCUGGCCCCAGGUGGUACACUGGCAGAUGACAUGAUGCGUACAGAUGUCUGUGUAUUUGCAGCACAAGAAGACCUAGAGACCAUGCAAGCCUUUGCUCAGGUAUUCAACAAGUUAAUCAGGCGAUACAAAUACCUUGAAAAGGGAUUUGAGGAUGAAGUUAAAAAGCUGCUGCUAUUCUUAAAGGGUUUUUCAGAGUCUGAGAGGAACAAACUGGCCAUGUUGACUGGGGUUCUUCUGGCCAAUGGGACACUUAAUGCAUCCAUUCUUAACAGCCUUUAUAAUGAGAAUUUGGUUAAAGAAGGCGUUUCAGCGGCCUUUGCUGUAAAGCUGUUUAAAUCAUGGAUAAAUGAAAAAGAUAUCAAUGCAGUAGCUGCUAGUCUUCGAAAAGUCAGCAUGGACAACAGACUGAUGGAACUUUUUCCUGCUAACAAACAAAGUGUUGAGCACUUCACAAAAUAUUUUACCGAAGCAGGUCUAAAAGAACUUUCUGAGUAUGUUCGGAACCAGCAAACCAUAGGAGCUCGUAAAGAGCUACAGAAAGAGCUUCAAGAACAGAUGUCACGUGGUGAUCCAUUUAAGGAUAUAAUUUUGUAUGUCAAGGAGGAGAUGAAGAAAAACAAUAUCCCAGAACAGAUCGUUAUAGGCAUAGUCUGGUCAAGUGUAAUGAGCACUGUGGAAUGGAACAAAAAGGAGGAGCUGGUAGCAGAGCAAGCCAUCAAGCAUUUGAAGCAAUAUAGCCCUCUACUUGCUGCCUUUACUACUCAAGGUCAGUCUGAGCUGACUCUGUUACUGAAGAUUCAGGAGUACUGUUAUGACAACAUUCACUUCAUGAAAGCCUUCCAGAAAAUCGUGGUGCUUUUUUAUAAAGCUGAAGUCCUGAGUGAAGAGCCCAUUUUGAAGUGGUAUAAAGAUGCACAUGUUGCAAAGGGGAAAAGUGUCUUUCUUGAGCAAAUGAAAAAAUUUGUAGAAUGGCUCAAGAAUGCAGAAGAAGAAUCUGAGUCUGAAGCGGAAGAAGGCGACUGAAUUGUGAAACUACAAGCUCAGUAAAGCAAACAGGAGUUGUAGAUAAAAUGUCAUGUCUCAUGUGUCCUUCUGGUUCUUACAUCUUCCUACCUCCCUGUAUCAAGCAUGAUAUAAGGGCUUUCAUGGCAAAUUUAUUUUAACUGUUUUCUAUGGUUACUGAAAAAUGUUGGGUUUAGUUUUUAAAACCAUGUUUUAAGUAGCUACAGGAGCUAUAGAUUUGAAUCUAAUGUUGCAUUAGUCUUUUCAGUUAUCUUCUACCUCCUGUAUUUUCUACUGUAAUAAUGUAAUUUAAGGCCUUCCACAAUGAACAGUUCAUUUUAUCCCUGGGUUUUCUAUAAACAGUUUACAAGACAUGAUUUGGUUAAAAACAAUUUGUUAUCAAAAUUCUGUUUGCAAAUUAAACUGUACAAGUAUCCAGAGUCAAAAGGCAAAUGACUUGUGUGAUAAUUUGGUAUGAAAUGAAAAGGCAGCAUUAAAUGGUGUUCAGAGCCCCACUCAUCUGAUGAUAAUCCUUAAUCCUCCUAUAUAAGACCUCAAGGGUUAAUUUCUGAAUAUUGAUUCUAAAGUAAUUGGCUCACUAAAGAGUAUUUCUGUUAGCACUUUUUUUUUUUAAGUUUAAGCAAAGGAUUUCCAAGUAGCUUACAGCUAAAAUUUCUAUUAUCCUUGCUCCUUGGUUUCUCACUUGUAAGUGAGAAUUGGUGGUAAGCAGUUUAGAGGGGGAAGAAAAAAUGAAGGCAGCACAAGUGACCAGGGAGGUGGAAAGAAGAAAAUGAAAUCUCCUCAUUGCAUACUUUUCUUCAUUCAGUGUUAGCCAGUAAAAGUGGGUGAGCAUCUGUUAUGCCACCAUCUCCAGGUCUGCUUACAAAUGUAUUAUUAAACGAGUCUUGUCAUACCCAGUAUCUUGCACUCUAGAGAAUCCUAAAUCCUUAGGAUUGGAAUCAUUAAAAAGAGUGCAUGUAAGGAAAUGACAUAUAUCCUAAACCCAGUAAAAUUGUUUAAUAUGUUAAGUGACCAGUGUGUUAUAGAUUACAAAGAGCCCCUUUGGGACUCCAGGCAUAACUGUCAGAUCUGUCCUAUUGGCUUAGAAUCGUCCUGUUUGUUGUAUUGAAAUGCAAUGAGGUGAUACCACUUGGCCAUACUGGACUGUCUCCAUUCUUUAGCAUAUACAGGGUUGACUGAGUAUCUGCCUAAUAUCUAUCCCAGUUGCCAUUUUCUUCUUGCCACAAGCCAAAAAGUUUCCUUUCCAGCUCUUGAUCUUUUUAUUCUGAUGGCUUGCCUUUUUUUAAAAUUUAUGCUGGCUGAAUUGUCUACAUACAUAGCAUAGCCAUUAGAAGAUGAGUAGAUGAUUGUUGCCUCAUUUUUGGCAGCUAAAUUUUGUGGUAGGAAAACAAUAUUUUAAGUAACCAUUUUGAAAUAAGGUGUUCUUGAAACUCUUCACCAAAGCUGUAAACAGUGUCACCAGGACAUCAGUGAAGUAUGCCCUAUAUUAGCAUGUGCCAUUAAGAGCCAAGAAUUUGGUAUUUAAAAGUAAAAGUACACCUUGAGGAAAUGAAGUGUAAUAUAAUUUGAAACUAAAGUAUAAUAGCCUUAUAAGGAAGAGCAUUAUAACUGAUAGUCUUGUGAGUGGAGUGUAUGUUGUUUUCAUACGUAGAUAUUAUGUAUCUUAUCUAAUAGGUUUCUAUUGUAGUGAUCUGCUUCCUUUGUAAUUUGUAGUCCUAAAGACUUUUUUAAAAAAUAAAGGCCAUCCUUAAACUUA